UCCUGAUAUAGCUGCAAGCCGAUUGGUGGGUGGAACUGCUGCUUUUCCCGGAGAGAGAGAGUGUCUCUGGUGUUCUCGCGAGAACUCUUCCUCUUCCUUAGGCCGGCGCUGGACGAGAGCAAUGUUUAGUUCCAGUGCGAAGAUUGUGAAGCCCAAUGGCGAAAAGCCAGAUGAAUUUGAGUCUGGCAUCUCCCAGGCUCUUUUGGAGUUGGAGAUGAAUUCCGACUUAAAGGCUCAGCUGAGAGAAUUGAACAUCACAGCAGCAAAGGAAAUUGAAGUUGGUGGCGGCAGAAAAGCAAUCAUCAUAUUUGUACCAGUUCCUCAGCUGAAAUCUUUCCAGAAGAUUCAGGUGCGGCUAGUUCGUGAGCUGGAGAAAAAAUUCAGCGGAAAGCAUGUGGUGUUCAUUGCUCAGAGAAGAAUUUUGCCAAAGCCAACGAGAAAAAGCCGCACAAAAAACAAGCAGAAGCGUCCAAGAAGCCGUACACUUACUGCAGUGCAUGAUGCCAUUCUCGAAGACCUGGUUUUCCCCAGUGAAAUUGUGGGCAAGAGGAUCCGUGUAAAACUGGAUGGCAGCCGGCUCAUAAAGGUCCACUUAGACAAAGCACAACAGAAUAAUGUUGAACACAAGGUAGAAACAUUUUCUGGUGUCUACAAGAAGCUCACAGGCAAAGAUGUUGUGUUUGAGUUUCCAGAAUUCCAGCUGUAAAGUGCAAAAAUGACUGAAUAAACAGUUAAUUGUUCAUAUA